AUGGCGCAACGAUUCGGUGCAUCGUCGCUUCAUCAGCGCGACUCUCGCAGCGCUCUCUUCGAGGGCUACACCGGCGACGCAGCAUCUCGACGACCCGUUAGCGCGAGCCCAAACCGAGGAUACGGCUACGGCGGCUACGGAGCCCCCUCGCCUUCGCCCCUUGGACAGGGAGGUUUCGAUGCAUCGAGACCUGGUUCGUUCCGCUCUGCGACGCCGAACAAGAGGGGCCAGUAUAGCGAUGCGGUGCUCAAUGAGCUUGAGAGCCAGAACGAUGCGCAGGUGGAGGGUAUUCUUGGCAAAGUCAAGGUGUUGAAGGACAUGACGGUUGCGAUUGGAGACGAGAUCCGUGAGUCUUCGGCGCUGGCGGAGAAGAUGAACGAUAGUUUCGACUCGACACGCCUGCGACUUCGUGGCACUAUGAACCGCAUGCUUGUCAUGGCUCAGCGAACUGGUGUUGGCUGGAAGGUCUGGCUCAUCUUCUUCGCCGCUGUGAUCAUGCUUUUCAUCUACGUUUGGCUAUUUUAA